CAACGAUACAAGCGCUUCUGGUGCCAUUUUAGCGGAACAGGAGACAGUGGGAGCGAUUGGAAGUGAUCCCGGUGGAGCAAACCAACUGUUUUUAUUAAUUUCACCGAUAAAGCGAUAAUUUAUUUGCGACCCUUUACUACAAUGCCUUCAAUCAAAAGCUUGACGAUGACUUGCGACGGGCUGAAUGACUACGGCACGGUUUCGGAAGGGGACACUCUCACUGGCAAAGUCACAGUGGUCUUAAUAAAGGAGUGCGCAGUUGAAAGCUUCUUUGUCAAAGCGAAGGGAGACGCAAGUGUGCGCUGGUCGAAGAAGAGCGGCGAUCGCACCUACACGUACUCUGCACACAAGAGAUAUUUCAAAGUGAAGCAUUUCCUAAUCCCGGAGGAGUCGAGGGAAACUGUAAUUCAGCCAGGAACCCAUGUCUAUGAAUUCAGCAUGAGGAUACCACAAGGAAGCAUGCCUUCGACCUACAGGGGGUCUCAUGGAAAGAUUGUCUACAAGCUGGAAGCCAAGCUGUCUAGGAGCUGGAGGGCAGACCGGACGGCAGAAAAGGAGCUACAGUUUGUCUCCAAGUCCCUUCCAAACCUUCAUUCUCUGAUGUCACAGCAAAUGGGUUCAACAGACAAAGAGAUGGGGUUUUUCUCAAAAGGAAAAGUGCACAUGGAUGUCGUCGUUGACCGGACAGCUUAUGCCCCAGGUGACACCUUGACAAUUGUUGCAAAAGUCAACAAUUCUUCUUCUAGUGAGAUGACCCCCAAAUUCAGUCUAAUCCGGGAAGUGGUGUACCGUGCCGAAGGCAAUGUCAAACAUGAGAACAGCGUUAUCCAGAAAGUGUCUGAACACUGUAUUAAACCCAAAACACAGAGGGAGGUCAAGUGUGACUUGCGCAUUCCUCGUGAUCUGACUCAGACGAUCCACAACUGCGACCUUAUCUCAGUGCAAUACCAUUUAAAGGCGUACCUGGACAUCAGCUUUGCUUUUGAUCCAGAGAUCAUGUUCCCCGUGUUCAUUUGUCCACCUGAGUUAGUCCCUGGCCUUCAGCCUGGUGUGGCUGCCGGUCCCUACCCAGUGUGGGCCGCUGGGCACCCAAGCAACACGGACUUCCCUUCCCCUGCAGGGGCUAUGGGUCCCUACCCAGCGGGGGCUUUUGGUGGUCCAAGCAACAGGAGCUUCCCUCCUCCUGCAGUGGCUGCAGGUCCCUAUCCUUAUGGACAGCCAGGAGCCCACAGUUAUUCAGCGCCACCACCUGCAUACCCUGCUCACCCACCACAUGUGAGCGAGGGCUACAAAAAGCCAGUGCCACAGCAGCCUCCUCUGUAUGGAGAUCCCUUUACAUCUCCAUCUUCUGUGCUUCACCCUCCACCUUCUGCGCCAUCCUUUCACCCACCCCCAAGUGCCCCAGACAUCCACCCGCCCCCUUUUUCUCACGUAGCCCCCACUGCUCCUACGUACAACCCGCUUCCUUCUGCACCAAUGAUGAACACAGACUUCCUGUCUCAAUCAGAUGAAGCACCUCCAGCAUAUUCCCUCCUUUUCCCACCUUCUAAUACUGAAAACUCUAAAGACAAAUUAUAGAAUGUAUGCUAAAAUACUAAAUGCUACUGAAAUGAAAUCCAGUUGCCUAAAUUGUGUCUUUAAUGCCUUAUUAACGUUGUUAAAUGUGUGAAUUUAAAAUGAAAAAGCCAUUAUAUGCAAUCUUUAGUCUUUGCCUGUCAAUACUUCUUUACAUUAUACUUUGUAUACUUCUGAACAAAAAUAGACCUUUUGCAUUGUAUAUUGCAGUUGCAGAUAUAGCUGUUUUCUGGUAGCUAAUUGGCUUUGUCCAGCUGAUGUAUCUGUACAGCUGUACUGUAUCAAGAAAAAAGUCUUUUUAUAUAUUUUUUUUAAUAAAAGCAAUCAACUAAGAGGCCAAAUAUAUAUAUAGAUAUUCUCCAUAUAUUUGAAAUCUGUUCUUUGUGUAGUCUGAGUUUAACAUGAGACAACUACUUCUAUUUCAUUAUUCAAUACUUUGCAAACAGGAUUUGUUUUACUCUGAAAUUGCCAUUUCCUCUGACCUGAACACCUGAAUAAAGAAUUGUCAGGUAAAAUGUCUCUGUGACUCUUUAAGUGUGAGUGAGAACACUUUGGUUAAUUAUUGACUCCUGUCACG